AUGCUUGAUAUAAAGGCUCGGGCUGCGUAUGUUGUGGAGUGGGCUGCAAAGGACCCAUAUGGCUUCCUUACAACAGUCAACCUGGCCCUUAUGCCACUCUUUCUAUCUAGUGUUGUACUGUUCUGGAAAUUGGCCAAGAUGAUUGAAGCCACACAGAAGGAGCAAAAGAAGAAACAAAAAUGUCAAGAAAACAUUACAAAAGCUAAACAACUAAAAAUGGAUUGA